GUGACACGUCACUAAGCAAAUCCCAAAUUCGAAAGCGUUCAAUGAUUCAUCAUCACUGAGCGAGAGAGCACUGUGAUUCUACUUGAUCGCCGGAGCCGGAGCCGCCGCCUCCGCCGGGACUCAUUUUCCGGUUCUCGUCAAACGAACCAGUCACGUAACCACACUCUCAUCUUCUCCAUGGCUGUUGUACUCUCCUACUGCAAACCUUCUCCUCCUCUUCUUCGUCGAUUCCAUCGUCGCUGUGGAAAUUUGUGGAAGAAACAAAAUAUUCGGAGCUCAAGACGAUCAUCCACGGUUACGGCUAUGUUUUGGAAAUCCAAUAAACCUGCGGAAGUAGGAGAAUUCGAUAUAUCACUUAGGGAUUACACUCUAACUGAAUCAGGCAUUGAGGAAGCUCAGCAGAGGCAAAACGUUAUUUCACUUUCGGUUGUUACUUCAAUAUUAGAGGUACCACCAGCUGAAUGGGAUGCAUGUGCUUUGGAUUCUUCUCAACCUGAAAGCUAUAAUCCAUUCCUAAGUCAUGGGUUUCUUUCUAGUUUGGAAGAGACACGUUGUGCCGUCCGGGAAACAGGUUGGAUGCCAUUACAUAUUGUUGCUAAGGAUGAAUCUGGGAGUAUUUUAGGCGUUGUCCCACUUUAUCUAAAAAGUCAUUCCUAUGGAGAAUUUGUUUUUGAUCACUCUUGGGCUGAUGCAUACCGAAGUUUUGGUGGAAGAUAUUAUCCUAAACUUCAGUGUUGUGUCCCUUUCACCCCAGUUACUGGCCCUAGGAUUUUAAUCCGUGAUAAUCCUUGCAAAGACCAAGUUUUUGAUGCCAUUGUUUCUGCCAUGACAGAAUUGGCAGCUAAGUUACAAAUUUCAUCUUUGCACAUUACAUUUUCGUCUGGAGCUGAGUGGAACAAAUUAAAAGAGAAAGGCUUCUCACAGAGAAUUGGAAUGCAGUACCACUGGCAAAAUCGUGACUAUAAAAAUUUUGAUGAGUUCUUGAUGGACAUGAAGCAAAGCAAAAGGAAAAAUAUCCGGCAGGAACGUAAAAAGAUUGUUACCCAGAAUUUGAAAAUGAGACGGCUGCGAGGAGAUGAAAUAAAGGCUAGGCAUUGGGAUUCCUUCUAUGACUUCUACAGGAACACAACUGAUAACAAAUGGGGCACACCUUAUCUAACAAGGGAGUUCUUCCACGACAUGGCAUCAAAGUUGGGAGACAAGGUAUUGCUUGUUCUCGCUGAAGAAAAUGAGGAACCUGUUGCAGGAGCAUUGAAUCUUAUUGGAGGAGAUACUCUGUUUGGGCGGCUAUGGGGAUGUCGUCCAGAUUCCUAUUAUCCUAGUCUCCAUUUUGAAGCGUGCUACUACCAGGCAAUUGAAGCUGCGAUAGAGCUUAACCUGAAAACGGUAGAAGCUGGAGCGCAGGGUGAGCAUAAGAUCCAGCGGGGCUACCUUCCUGUAAAAACGUAUAGUUGCCAUUACAUAUUCGAUGAAGGUUUCAAGCAAGCCAUAGACGAGUUUUUAGUGCGGGAAUCAAAUCAGGUUGAUUUUGUCAUCAAGCUGAUGCAUGAAGAUGGACCCUUCAAAGAGAAAUUAGAAUAGAUGCAUUUACAUCCUGGUUGGUUACUGCAAACAUUCUUGUAUAUCUAUUUUUAUUCUUAUGUAUUGUGUAACCCCCUAGUUUUAUGUUUUAUUGUACAUUUUAAGUUGCUCAGAUCACAUAUAAACAGUAACAAUUUUUUUUGUUUUAGAGAACGAUACCGUUUAAUAUAUA